CCACUACCAAUCAUUAAUUCAACAUUUUGCAUCACUACAAUAGCAUUCGACCAAGCAAAGUUAUGAAAUCAUUCUGAAAUCCAAUCGGAAGUGCAAUCAUCGAAAACCAGAACGACGUGCAACUCCAAAGGUCAUUUUGAAGCAAAGUUAUGAAGUCGGAUCAACAAGCAAAUUUAAUUUUCCCCUUUAAAUCCCCGGCAGCCUCGCCGUUUCCACUCCGCAAUCCACUUUCGUUUUCGUCGAGCUCUUCCAAAGCUCGAUUUUUUCCCAUACAUCGAGCUUUCCGAUGUACUGAUAAGGUUUUGAGGAAACAUAGUCAUGGCCGGAAAAGGCGAAGGACCGGCCAUUGGAAUCGACUUGGGUACGACGUCCGCCUGCGUUGCAGUCUGGCAACCCCAACACGACCGUGUAGAAAUCAUAGCUAACGACAACGGCAGCAGAAGGACGCCGUGUUGCGUCGCGUUCACGGAAACUGAGCUUUUCAUUGGGGAUGCCGCCAGGAACCAAAUCUCCAUGAACUCCAUUAAUACCGUUUUCGAUGCUAAACGAUUGAUUGGGAGGAGAUUUAGUGAUCCAUCAGUGCAGAGUGGUAAGAAGUUAUGGCCUUUCAAGGUAAUUGCCGGACCUGGUGAUAAGCCAAUGAUUGUAGUGACACACAAGGGUGAGGAGAAGCAAUUUUCUGCGGAGGAAAUCUCAUCUAUGGUUUUAAGAAAGAUGAAGGGGAUUGCAGAGGCUUAUCUGGGAACCCCAAUCAGGAAUGCAGUUAUCACUGUUCCUGCUUAUUUCAACGAGUCCCAACGGCAGGCUACUAAGGAUGCUGCAGUAAUCUCCGGCCUCAAUGUCAUGGGCAUCAUCAGCGAACCCACUGCAGCUGCCAUUGCACUUGGGUUGGACAAGAAAAAAGCCAGACGUUGGAAGAAGAACGUGCUCAUCUUUGAUCUGGGCCGUGUUACGUUUGAUGUAUCAUUGGUCAAAAUUGAUGAGAGUUCCUGUCAGAUUAUGGCUGUUGAAGGUGACCCUCAUUUAGGGGGUGUAGAUUUCAAUACCAUAAUGGUAAACCACUUUGUCCAGGAGUUCAAGAAGAAGCACAAGACGGAUAUCAGUAGAAACCCAAAGGCAUUGAGGAGGCUGAGGACAGCAUGCGAGAGGGCAAAGAGGAUGUUGUCUUCUCAUUCUGAGACUACCCUUGUAGUUGAUUAUUUGAUCCAAGGCAUUGGUUUUUACUCAACCAUGACAAGGGCAAUGUUUGAGGAACUGAACAAGGACUCGUUCAGUAAGUGUAUGGACCUUGUUGAAAAGUGCUUGAGAGAUGUUGGGUUGGAUAAGAGAAACGUUGAUGAUGUUGUCCUUGUGGGUGGAUCAACUAGGAUUCCUAAGCUGCAGGAAUUGCUUCAGGAGUUCUUCGAGGGCAAAAGGCUUUGUACUAAUUUCAACCCAGAUGAAUUGGUUGCCUGCGGUGCUGCUAUGCAUGCUGCAUUUCUUAGCAGAAAUGGAAUCUACAAGUUUGAAAUGCCGGUGAGGUCUUGACCUAAGGACAUUGUCAAGGAUGGCAUAGAAAUGUCUUCCACGAAUUCCAAAACCAGUUCUUCCUCCCAUUCCUCUGACCACAAAAGGAAUGAAAAUGAUACCCUGGAUUUCUCAAAGAAGAGUUUGGGCUGUGCCCUGCAUGCAGAAGCUUUAACCUCCUCCAUGCUCCAGCGUGGUGUUGAUUUUAAGGAGUUCACUAAAGGAUGGCUGCCCCCACAGGACCAGCAACUGUUGGGGUCUCUCAAGCUCCCCACUUUAGAGGAAGGUAUAAUGCGCCGAAGUGUUGAGGUUAGCAUUUCUUUCUCUAUCCCUCGCUGACAUGUUUAUUCAGGCUUUGUUCUGGUUCAUGGAAUUAUCUGAAAGGAACAACCAGGAUAUGGAGCUCCACCUGAAAAGGAUUUCGCAGUUGGAGCAGGACAACAAAGACCUCUUAACUAACAUUCAGAUGAAACAGUGGGGGAUGGAGGACUAUAAGGAGCAGAUGAACAUCUGGAGAGAACAAGCAGAGGCCUCUAGGACCGAAGUGUUGAAGAGCAACCGUGAGAUGGAGUCUCAACGUAAAAGAAUUGUGAUUUUGGAGAAUGUAAAUAAGAGUCUCCUAUGUAAGAUGGAGAGGAAAUUGAGGGAAGUUAUGGAAGCCAAAAACUUGGUGGCGGAGGGAUACAAGGAUCAAAUGAAGAAGUUGUCAGAGCAGGCUAGGGUGAUGGAGAGCCAACGGAAAAGGAUUGUUCAGUUGGAGCAGGACAACAGAGGCCUCUUACGCAAGAUGGAGAUGAAACAGAGGGAGGUUACGGAAGCCAAAAGAUUGGCCAAGAUCUCUGAAACAGAGGCUGUGAAUGCUUUCAAAACGUCUGACGAGUAUAAUCAGGGGAUAGAGGACGCAGUGAGGGCUCGGUUAGAAAAAGUCGCUCCAGAAUUGCUGAAAAUAGGAGGGGGGCGGUAGAAGAUCUGUGGAAAAACAUUUCUAUCCCAAGGAAGAAAAUGGGGUGCACGGUCUCAAACUUGGAAGUUAGAAUCCUCCAAACAUUAAUUAGAAAAUGUGAGGUGCAACCUCCAAUUCUCCCCUUUUGAGUUUUCUUCUUGAAUGUAAGCUUGAAUGUAGCUUACUUUCACCUACUUACCAUGUAAGCUUAAAGCCUUAAAGCAUAACUCAUGUAACAAAGACUGGACUGCUUAAUUUAUCUCUACAUAUCUGAGUUUCACCACCUUAGGCACCUUUACAAUAUCUUGUUAAAUCUGAAUUCCAC